AUUUCUUAGUCUUGAGAACAGAUUUAAUGUCCACUGGGAAUCACUGCUAGGUUGUGUAUAUAUGUGAGUGUGUGUUGUGAGUGGACUCACAAAGAGAAAAAGACAGACGGCUGACAGAGAAGACUUUUUCUGCAACUGCUCAACCAACAUGUCUCAACCGGGUCAGGAAGAUGAUGAACAAAUGCAGCGUCCUGAGGUGAGAGACGAGGACCUGGCUGAAGCAAAGAACAAAUUGGGUGCGAGUACGGCAGCGAAGAGCAAGACAUUUGAAGUCAUGGAGGAAUGUGAGAAAAUGGGUAAAGCUGCUCCGUCUGUGUUCAGUGGAAUGAGGUCAGGAGCCGAGACUGUUUUAAACACACGCUCAACUCGACCAAUCAGGAAGUAGCUGGGGACCUCCUGACCAGGACUGGACAACACCUGUUAGACGUUAAGGGGUUUGGGAUCAGUCGUCUUCCAGCUGUCCAUGAAAAAUCUUGUUUUAGACACUUUGUGACUCUGUAAAUCAUACUGCAGCUGACACAAGUGCUCUUAAAUAUAAAAAUAUCAAGAAUAUUUUAACCCAUAAAUCAGUUUUCUUUUUUUGGGGGGGAAAUAUUGUUAAUUUAUCCAACAUUGUAAAAUCAGCAUUAACAUACAUUUUUAGAGUGAGGGUUUAAUAAUGAACACAAAAGCAUCAUGUGCAAUACUGUAACUUAUACUUUUAAAAAGAAUAAUUCCAUAUCAAUAAAAAAAUCCUAAUGUGUUCUGCACAGUUGAAACAAAAUACUGCUAAAAAUGUCUGAUUUCUUAAAUAUAUUAGAAUUCUGUCUCAUCCAUCAUGUGUUUCAGAGCAGGAUGUAACAAUAAGAGGUAGUAAAUGUGAGUAAAAAUGUAAU